UAUCACUUCUCAGCGUCCGAAAUAUUCCGUCAAAAGCGAGAGACUCCUGCGCACGAUUGCCGAUGCAAAACAGAGCAUGCAAACGAUGGAGAGAGAAGCGGGGGUCAAGGAAGAGGAGCACAUGAUCGAAAACGCGAUCGGUGGCGUUCUGAUGCUUACAUAAGCAGACGCGAAGGGGGUCACGUCUCGCGUGCAAUUAGGGCUUGCUUCACUCGUCGUCUGCCUUUUCUCUUCUCGUCCCCCCUCUCGACUCUCCUCACCGUGGCCAGCGUCAACGCCGACGCACGACAAUCCCAACCCCCAUUCUUCCUUCGCCAGCCGACAUGUCCUUUGUCAAGCUCAGCAUAUUCGGCACCUCCUUCGAGGUCACCACUCGAUACGUGGACCUCCAGCCCGUUGGAAUGGGGGCCUUCGGUCUUGUAUGUUCGGCAAAGGACCAGCUCACGGGUUCCUCCGUCGCUAUCAAGAAGAUUAUGAAGCCCUUCAGCACUCCCGUCCUCAGCAAACGCACCUACCGCGAGCUCAAACUCCUAAAGCACAUACAGCACGAGAAUAUAAUCAGCUUGAGCGACGUCUUCAUCUCUCCCCUCGAAGACAUCUAUUUUGUCACCGAACUCCUCGGCACGGACCUUCACCGCUUGCUCACCUCGCGCCCCCUCGAAAAGCAGUUCAUCCAGUACUUCCUGUACCAGAUUCUUCGAGGUCUCAAAUACGUGCAUUCUGCCGGCGUCGUUCAUCGUGAUCUGAAACCCAGCAACAUUCUCAUUAACGAGAACUGCGACCUCAAGAUUUGUGACUUUGGCUUGGCGCGGAUCCAGGACCCUCAGAUGACCGGCUACGUCUCGACGCGGUAUUAUCGCGCCCCCGAGAUCAUGCUCACCUGGCAGAAGUACGACGUUGCGGUCGACAUCUGGAGCGCAGGCUGCAUCUUUGCAGAGAUGCUUGAGGGCAAGCCGCUCUUCCCCGGAAAGGACCACGUGCACCAGUUCUCCAUCAUUACCGAGCUGUUGGGCACGCCCCCGGAAGAUGUCAUCCAGACGAUUGCAAGCGAGAACACUCUCCGGUUCGUGCAGAGCCUACCAAAGCGGGAACGCGUACCCUUUAGCGAGAAGCUCACCUGCAAGGAUCCAGUCGCCAUCGAUCUCCUAGAGAAGAUGCUCGUGUUUGACCCGCGGAAGCGGAUCAAUGCGACCGAAUCGCUCGCACACGAGUACGUCGCGCCGUACCACGACCCGACGGACGAGCCAGAGGCGGCAGAGAAGUUCGACUGGUCGUUCAAUGACGCGGAGCUCCCGGUAGACACGUGGAAGGUCAUGAUGUACAGCGAGAUCCUCGACUUCCACCAGGUAGGCGACUCGCGUCUGAACGACGGCGUGCCCGAGGGCGCGCUCGCGGCACCUGAAGACACAGCGACGGCCAGCACCGCCGUCGCUGCGACAGCAGAAUAGAGUGCCUGCUGCCGCCCGUCGCAUAUGCUUACACCCGUGCCUUGCCAAGCACGGGCCACGCUCCUUGACACACCCUCACGACUGACGUUUUUGCGAUCUACACAUCGCCUGUAUUCCCAUCCACGACGACGUCCGUGCUCUCGCCGUUACCGUACUAUAUCGUAUCCAUAGGCCCGAUUUGUGUAUAAUGCUCUCCCCGGCUGUCCUCGCUCUGCUCUCUUCACGCGGACC